UGAAAUUCAUUCAGUUGUUCUUUAACUAUUUCUCUUUUUGUUUUCCUCAUAAAUUUCCACCUUAACAGGAUAAAUCCUUCCAAACACUUGCAUUCAUUUUACAUUGAAAUUCCUUCAAAUAAAUGAUCUGCAGGAUAAAAAAUCAAGUCUUUGGGAGUUGAUUUUCCAAUUCUCACCUUCUCCCCCUUGGGCCAUAGCUGUUGGAACAUCGAGAUCUCCUAAACCCUUCUUCUCUUCAUCUUCUUCCUCCCAUUCCAACUGCAUUUACGACGUGUUCUUGUGUUUUAGAGGUGAAGAUAUGCGUAAGAACUUCACUGACCACCUCUACUUCGCUUUGAGAGAUGCCGGAAUUAAAAUCUUCAAAGAUGACCAUGAGCUCCAAAGAGGUGAAUAUCUUGCAUCUGAACUGUUACGGGCAAUCCAAGGAUCCAAAAUCUCUAUCAUUUUUUUUUCAAGGAACUAUGCAGCUUCGAGGUGGUGCCUAGAGGAACUUGUGGAGAUCAUGGAGUGCCAAAGAAGUAUGACGCAACUAUUUCUGCCUAUAUUCUAUGAUGUUGAACCCUCGGAUGUGAGAAACCAGACGGGUAGUUUUGCAGAAGCAUUCGCAAAACAUGAAGAGCAUUACUUGUUGGACAUGGACAAAGUUCUUAGGUGGAGAAGAGCUAUGUGUGAGGCUGCUAAUUUGUCAGGAUGGGAUCUAAGAAAAACUGCAAACGGGCAUGAAGCAAAGUUUAUCAGGAAAAUUGUUAAAGAGAUUACAAGAGAAUUGAACAGCAACCACUUGUUUAUAGCACUCUACCCAGUUGGAGUAGAUUCUCGUGUUCAAGACAUAACUUUUUUGUUAAAUGUCGGAGUUAGUGAUGUUUGCCUGGUAGGAAUCUUGGGUAUGGGCGGAAUUGGAAAAAUAACCAUUGCUAAAGCUAUUUAUAACCAAUAUUUCCAUGGAUUUGAAGGUAAAAGUUUCCUUGCAAAUGUUAGGGAAACUUCCAAGGAACCUAGGGGCCAAGUUCAUCUCCAACAACUUCUUUCUGACAUCUUGAAGACAAGCGAGAUAAAGAUAAGUAGUGUUGACAGAGGAAUCAAUAUGAUUAAAGAAAGACUUUGUAAUAAAGCAAUACUUGUGAUACUUGAUGAUGUAGACCAUAUGGAGCAACUGAAUGCCAUAUGUAGAAGGCGUGAUUGGUUUGGUUCGGGAAGUAGAAUUAUUAUAACAACAAGAGAUGAGCACUUGCUAAAGGAGCUAGAAGUGAAUAAUGUAUAUACAGUUUCAACAAUGAAUGAUAGUGAAUCUCUUGAGCUCUUUAGUUGGCAUGCCUUUAGGAAUAGCUAUCCUACUGAAGAUUAUACUGAUUUGUCAAGAAGUGGCAUUGCUUACUGUGGAGGAUUGCCACUAGCUCUUGAAGUUUUGGGCUCAUUCCUUUUCUCUAGGAGCAUGCUAGAAUGGAAAAGUGCAUUAGAUAAAUUGAAGAGGAUUCCUCAUGAGCAAAUUCAAAAUAAACUUAGAAUAAGUUUCGAUGGACUAAGUGACAAUACUGAAAAGGAUAUAUUCAUUGACAUCGCAUGUUUCUUCAUCGGAAUGGACACAAAGUAUGUUGUAAAAAUAUUGGAUGGUUGUGGUUUUUUUCUAAAGAUUGGAAUUAGUGUCCUUAUUCAACGGUGUCUUCUUAAAGUUAGUGGGAGAAACACGUUUACCAUGCAUGAUUUGUUGCGAGACAUGGGAAGAGAAAUCGUUCGUGAAAAACACCCAAACGAACCUGGGAAAUGGAGUAGAUUAUGGCGGCAUGAGGAUGCAUUUGAUAUAUUGACAAAGCGCGAGGGAACAAAUGCAGUUGAAGGACUUACUUUAGAAUUGCCAAGUCUAAGUAAGGUGAAUUUCAAUUCAAAAGCAUUUAGAAAGAUGCAGAGAUUAAGAUUACUCCAACUUGAUCACGUACAAUUCACUGGAGCCUAUAAAUAUCUUUCCAAAGAAUUAAGGUGGAUUCGCUGGCAUGGAUUCCCUCUAAAUUUUAUGCCCAAUGACUUUUAUCCAAAAAACCUAGUUGUGUUGGACUUACAAUAUAGCAAUCUCAAAAGAGCAGACCCUGACUUUUAUAAACUCUCCAAUCUUGAGCAAUUAAUACUCGAGGAUUGUACGAGUUUGUUUGAGGUUCACCACUCCAUUGGAGAUCUUAGUAAUCUUGUUUUGGUGAAUUUGAAAGAUUGCAAAUUUCUUAAGAGUUUGCCAAGGAGUUUCUAUAAGUUGAAGUCUUUGGAAACUCUUAUUCUUUCUGGGUGUUCUAAAAUAGACAAUUUGGCUGAAAACUUAGGGGAGAUGGAAUCAUUGACAAUUCUUCUUGCGGACAGAACUGCUAUAAGGCAAGUGCCUUUUAGUUUAGUGCAACUAAAGAACCUCAAAUAUUUAUCUCUAUAUGGGUGUAAAGGAUCAUUGUCCGAGCCAUUGCCUUCACUCUUUUGGUCCUGGAUAUCACCAAGGAAAAGUCUCAAGUCAGUCAAUCUACUGCCAAUAGUGCUACAAGGCUUGAACUCACUAACACACUUAUGUCUCUGGGAGUGCAAUUUAUCAGACGAUGCAAUUCCUGCAGAUCUUUGGAAUUUAUGUUCUCUUCAAAUUUUAGAUUUAAGAUGCAAUAGUUUUGAAAGUCUAUCAGCAAGCUUAGGAGGUCUUUCGAGGCUUCAAGAUCUCAGAUUGGAUCGUUGCAAAAACCUUAAAUCAAUUCCAAAUUUACCAGAAAGCUUGAUUUUUUUAGAUGUAAAACAAUGCACGACGCUAGAAAGAAUGUCGGAUUUAUCAAAGCUUUCAAAGAUGAACGGUCUAUACCUUACUAACUGCCACAAAUUAGUGGAAAUUCCAGGUCUGGAUAAGCGGUCAAAUCCCAUUGUAUCUGUUGGUAUGGAAGGGUGCAUAAAUCUGACAAAUACUUUUAAGCAAAACUUCCUACAGGAAUGGGCUACGCGUGGAGUUGGUAGUGUGUUUGGCAUUUUCCUCCCUGGCAAUCAAAUUCCUGAUUGGUUCACAUAUCAGUGUGAGGGACCCUCGGUACAUUUUGAAAUACCUAUUGGUGAUCCCAUAUUGAAAGAGUUUGGUGUAUGCGUUGUCUGUUCAUCACAUGUUUCGAUAUUAUCUUCAUAUAAAGGUAGCAUGUCAUUUAUCAACCAUACCAAGAAUACUAUUUUGACCAAUCUGGCAGAAACAGCCGGUGGCCCAUUCCCUCUUGGAGAUCACUUAUUGCUACGCAAUAUUGUUCUUACCAAUGAUUUUAAGUAUGGUGACGAAGCGGAGGUUGUUGUAGAUUGGGGACCUGAAAUCAUUGUUAAGAAGAUAGAGGUCUAUCUAGUAUACGAAGGGGUUGUUGAUGAAAAAAUUAUUCAUUACGCCUCUACAUCAAAUGAGGAUGCCAUUGUUGUCAGUGACGAUGAGGAUGCCAAUAACAAUAGACAAAGGAAAAUGAAGGAUGCACAUAUUUUGCUGCAAGAGAAAAAGCUCAAAAAGCUUACUACAGAGGAAAAUGAGUAUUCUUUUACUCUUUUAUGACGAGAUCUCAAAAGUUUCAUUUUGGAUAGUUCUAAGAUAUAUGUAAUCUUGUCUCACAUGUAUUGUAUAAUUAUUGAAAUAUGUCAUUGCCCCAAGCGAAUGUCAAUGCAAGUUUCCUCA